AAUCCCACCAUCAAAACAUUUUCUUCUCAACUCAAAGACUCGUCCUUUACCUUUUACCAAGAAAAAAAAAACACACAAACAGCCAAAAACAGUACCACACACACUCCUACUCCUACUACAGUCUCUUCUCCUCUCUCUCUCUCUACCUCUUCCCCAUCAUCAAAAGUCCCCCUAAAAUCACACCCAACACUUCACAUACAAUCAUUCUCCACUUGGGUUUCGCUUAUCCCUUUCUAAAAACCUCUCCUUUUUCAUCUCUAGCCGCCACCAUGCAAGCCGCAUUCCUAGCUCCCUCCCCACGUCUCACCCUAAACCCACAGCCACGACUCCCUUUCACUGUCCGGGCUGUUCAAUCUCCGCCCUCGAUCGCCGUGGAAUCCCCACCGACGAAGACCCAGAAGCUCAACAAAUACAGCUCUCAAAUAACGGAGCCCAAAUCCCAAGGUGGGUCUCAGGCCAUUCUUCAUGGAGUGGGGCUUUCUGAGGAUGAUAUGAGUAAACCCCAGAUUGGGAUAUCUUCAGUUUGGUAUGAAGGCAAUACUUGUAAUAUGCACUUGUUGAACCUUUCUGAGGCUGUCAAAGAAGGGGUUCAAGAAGCUGGAAUGGUGGGGUUUAGGUUUAACACUAUUGGAGUUAGUGAUGCUAUUUCUAUGGGGACUAGAGGAAUGUGUUAUAGUUUACAGUCUAGGGACUUGAUUGCUGAUAGUGUUGAGACUGUUAUGAGUGCUCAGUGGUAUGAUGGUAAUAUAUCAAUUCCUGGUUGUGAUAAAAAUAUGCCAGGUACAAUUAUGGCCAUGGGCCGCCUUAACCGACCGAGUAUCAUGGUUUAUGGUGGGACUAUCAAGCCUGGUCACUUUCAGGGUCAUACUUACGAUAUAGUAUCCGCCUUUCAGUGUUAUGGAGAAUAUGUAGGUGGAUCCAUAAGUGAUGAGCAGAGGAAGAGCAUAAUCAUGAAUUCAUGUCCUGGGGCAGGGGCUUGCGGUGGCAUGUAUACAGCUAAUACAAUGGCUUCUGCUAUUGAAGCUAUGGGAAUGUCCCUUCCUUACAGCUCGUCUACUCCUGCUGAAGACUCAUUGAAGUUGGAUGAAUGCCGUUUAGCUGGAAAAUAUCUUCUAGAAUUAUUGAAAAUGGACUUAAAACCUCGAGACAUCAUCACGGAAAAAUCAUUACGAAAUGCCAUGGUAAUUGUCAUGGCACUAGGUGGCUCUACAAAUGCUGUGUUACACUUAAUUGCAAUUGCAAGGUCUGUUGGACUGGAAUUAUCUCUCGAUGAUUUUCAGAAGGUUAGCGAUAAGGUUCCAUUCCUCGCAGAUCUUAAGCCUAGUGGAAAGUAUGUCAUGGAGGAUAUCCACAAGAUUGGAGGAACACCAGCAGUUAUUCGGUACCUUUUGGAGCUUGGAUUUUUAGACGGGGAUUGUAUGACUGUUACGGGGAAGUCGCUGGCUGAAAAUGCAAAAAGUUUCCUUCCUUUAUCCGAAGGACAGGAUAUUAUAAGACCAGUGGCAAAUCCCAUCAAGAAAACAGGACAUCUCCAAAUAUUAUAUGGAAAUCUUGCACCAGAGGGUUCUGUAGCCAAAAUCACUGGAAAAGAGGGAAUUUAUUUCUCAGGUCCCGCACUUGUCUUCGAAGGCGAGGAAUCAAUGCUUGCAGCUAUCUCUGAGGAUCCAGCAAGGUUUAAGGGAAAAGUCGUAGUUAUUAGAGGAGAGGGGCCUAAGGGAGGACCAGGCAUGCCCGAAAUGUUGACGCCUACUAGUGCCAUCAUGGGAGCAGGUCUAGGGAAGGAGGUCGCGUUAUUGACAGACGGUAGAUUUUCAGGAGGCUCACAUGGAUUUGUUGUUGGCCACAUAUGCCCCGAAGCACAGGAAGGCGGUCCUAUUGGAUUACUCGAAGACGGUGACAUCAUCAACGUUGAUGUCCAAAAUAGGAGAAUAGAUGUUGAGCUAACAAACGAAGAAUUGGAAAGGCGAAGAAAGAAUUGGAUUCAACCACCAUACAAGGCUACCUCCGGAGUUCUCUUCAAGUACAUCAAGAAUGUGGAGAAAGCUUCAAGGGGUUGCGUGACCGACGAGUAGUUGAGCGAAGGUAAAGCUCACUUUUUUCCUCCUCUUUACCAUGUCUACUUAGGUUUGAGAAUUUUGUUUUUGUAUGUAUUUAAAUGGUUGAGAAUAGUAGAAACUUUUUUGAGAGGAUUUUCAACUUUACCAUUCUUGAGUUUCUAAGUAGCAUCACUUGGAUGGAGUUUUCUUUUCUUAGUCAUUCCACUAGAAAGGAAAAGAAAAGAAUGAUCUCCAAGUUAUGCAUAACAUGAUGUUGAACAAAAUUGCUGAGAAUUUUUUAAAUAAAUCGAUAUUUAGACGGUGCAAA